GAAAUUUUUACACAACAGCUGAAAAACUGCACGAGUUGGUUUGUUGAACUCUUGAAAGAUCCUUACGUUGGCACAAAUCCAGCAUGGUUCAAAGUCUUUGUGUACCUUGAAGUGUUUUUGCAUUUGCCGUUUUUCUUGGCAGCUAUGUAUGCUUUUGCCAAAGGUGGACGCCAUUGGAUUAAAAUUCCGUCAAUCAUUUGGUCGGUUCAAGUCAUCACAAUGACAUUGCAGAUGGUCUACGUGAUACUGAAUGAUGAUUUCUCAAAUUAUAAGACGAAGGUUGUACCUGAAACUCUCGAAGAACGUUACCAGCUGGCUGGAUGUUAUCUAUGUUUUGUCAUAAUUCCAAUCUGUCUGCUAGUUUACAUGCUUACUUCACAAAAGUACAAUAAUUUGGAAAGUUCAGCUUUUGUAAAAAAAGUUAAGAAAAACUAA